AUGUUUGUUUACAUCCUGAGCCCCAGAUUCCUCGUCCCGCCGCGUCGACGUCACCCCUUCGGUCCGCCCACCAGAAUCCGCGCGAAACACAGUCGACGAAGCACUCAUGCCCGCUUCAGCCGCCAUCACUCUAACGUCCUCCCUCAAGCGGCCUCUGGGCUCCGAUGCCCUGGCGAUCUCCUCAGCCAGAACCCCCGACGUCCUGCCUCCUUCUCUCUGACAGUGAGCACCAGUAAGGCCAAAGUGGUGGUCCAUGAGAACACAGACGCUGUGCUGUCCUGUCAGUUCAAGACAGAGAAGGAGACUAACCCUCGUAUCGAGUGGAAGAAGAAAGGGAAGGACAUCACCUUUGUUUAUUUUGAUGGCAAAUUCAGCGGAUCCUUUGCAGGUCGGGCUAAGAUCGAGGGUGCGACGGUGACGCUGCACGCCGUUACCCAGAAGGACUCUGGGCUGUACCGCUGUGAGGUCAGUGCUCCAGCAGACCACACCAACCUGGGAGAGAUUAACAUCACCCUCAACGUACUGGUGCCCCCCCACACCCCGUCCUGUGAGGUGCCCAGCUCAGUUUUGUCUGGGGCAGGGGUAGAGCUCCACUGUAAGGAUAAACUCAGUGUACCCCCUCCUACCUACAUCUGGUACAAAGACAACAAGGCGCUGAGCACCAUACACACAACUGACACCUCCUUUAGCAUGGACACUGACAAGGGAACACUGAAGUUCAAGAGUGUGUCCAAGGCUGACUCAGGCCAGUAUCGUUGCGAGGCAUCCAACAGUGUGGGGGCGCCGAAGAGCUGUGUGGCCCAUCACAUGAAGGUCAUGGAAUAUCAGUUGAGUAUGACGACACUGAUAGCCGGAGCUGUAGGUCUCUUCCUGCUCAUUGUCAUGUGCUGCCUGGGUGUGUGCCUCUGUCAUCGACGGGGCUGCUGCAACAAGAAGGAGCAGAAAGGAAGAAGCACCAACUCCUACAAUCCACCUCCUCCUCCCACCAGAAACCCCAAGAACUACAAACACACCCAGUCCUUCAUGAUUUGA